AUGCCUACGGAGCGCGCGGCUCGAUCGUGGCAUCUUGCGACGGCCAUCAUACAAGAGACCAGGCGUACCUGCCACAUAGAAGACCCGCGACAACAUCUAACAAAUACAAUAGAAAGAAUAGGACGGGCGCGACAGCAAAACGCAGACAACACGGAGGGACUACCCAAACCACCCCAGGGGGGGGGUGGGGGGGCGGGGGGGGGGGGGGGGGGGGGGGGGGCAACAAGCGGGGGGGGGGGGGGGGGGGGGGGGGGGGGGGGACGGCAAGAAUAA